UUCAUCAUUUUCACGGUGCCAUCGCCACAGGCCAUCACUGCCACACACAUCACACACGAAGGUCCACACGCAACACAACGCAUGAAGUGUACAGUAUACAGUACAGCAAAAAAUGCCCAAAAUGCCUUUCCCGCCCUGGUGCACAGCUCGCAGAGAAGCGCUGAGCCAUUCUUCGCGUUAGCGUCUGCAGACACGACCAAGAGGAGCUCAGUGUCUUCACCGUCCAAGAUCUCGCAUUUCCAUUCAUCGAAGCGGCUGUGUGGAUGCGGUCAUGAGGAGGAGCACCUGUGCCGAGAAGAUCUCACCACAGAUGCUGAUCUGACCGCAUUCUGCCGAUGAGCGCGUCAUUCUUCGAGAACCUGCGGAAGGGCCUCACCGGCAGCACCAGGAAGGCACUCUACGAAGACAAGAAUGAGGAGGAGAGCCCACCUCGCAUGCAGGCGUCAUGGAGCCGCCGGAUCAGCGGGAGGAGGAGCCGCUCGGCGUCGGCUCGCAAGGAGAGGGAGGGGGAUGUGAGGCUGGAUUUGGAAGGGCAACCGGUGAGCAUGAGAUCGGCGACCGAGGGGAACCAACAGGGAGAGCACCGAGAGAAGAAGGACUUAGAUGCCUGGGUGGAGAAGAAGCUGUGUCCUCAGACGGUCGGUAGUCACGACACAGCCAGAUAAUGCUGCACUCACCCACUCACUCGCUCGCUCACUCACUCACUCACUCACACCCAGACAGACAGACAGACAGAUGCAGACAUACAGAUGCACACACACACGCCUCUGCAUGCUUGUCACUGGCUGGUUGGCUGGUUGAUCGACUUAAUUUGUCAGGUGAGAACCAACGCAUAUCGCGUCGGCAGAGAGGACGGCGAUGCCAAUGCAGACCUCUCGAGCCGCCAACCCAGCCGCCCCGCCCCACCACAGGCCAGCAGCACUCGCCUCAAGCAGCAGCACCAGCAGCAGCAGCAGCAGGGUGGUGGUGGUGGUGGCCCGACCCCUGGCAGAGCCUUUCUCAGCCGCAAUCUGGCCCAGGGCCUGGCCGCACAGGCCAUGGCUGGCCGUAUGGAGUUUUGUUCGGCUCCAUUGGCUCCAUCAGGGGCGUAUGAGGGUCUGGGUGGCGGGCACAGCUCUGACGAUGACGACAGCCCCCACUCGAUGCGGGGCAACAAGGAGCUGACAGGACUCAGCGAGGUGAUGAUGCGCCAGAAGAUCCGCGAGAUGGUGCGGAACAGAGGAGGCAUUGUCGACAAUCAGACUAAUGACAAAGAAGGUGAAGGUGAAAACGACAACGAGCAGCCAGACGACCCCGCGGUCACUGCGGCACGGCGAAGACAGCUGGCGAUGGCUGAGGACAACAUCAGCCUGCUGCAGUCGCUCCAGGGAGAGAUCGAGCAGAGCCGCUACUUGCGAGCCGACCCAAACGACGAUCCGGAUAAGAGAGUUGUAGAGUCAUUCAUGACGCAGCUAAUGCAGAACGAGGUGGGCACCAGAAGGAACUCAAAUACACGCAUGAAGCAAUGAAUGUGUGUCCUCGGUUGAGUAUCGAACAUCAGGCGGGUGCCAAGGGAGACCGUGUUGGUGCCGACACAGAGGACAGUGAUGGCGAUGCAGCGCCCCCGAGCCACCAGCCCAGCGGGUUCCCUCCCCCACAGGCCAGCAGCACUCCCCUCAAGCAGCAGCGCCAGCAGCAGGGUGGUGGUCCGGGCACAGGGACCUUUCUCAAGCCCAUUGGCCGCGGGGUAAGAUGGGGCUCCUCAGCUGCACCAGGGUACGCCGAUAAUAGCUCCCAAUCCUCGCGAAGCAGCGAUGAGGACGGCCCCCAGUCGACUGAGCCGAGAGGACUGGACGAGGCCUUGAUGCGCCAGAAGCUCCGCGAGAGGGUGCGGAAUAGAGGCGGGAUUGCGGACGAGAAUGACAGUGACGAGCAACCAGACGACCUCCUCACUGCGAAACGGCGAGAGCAACUGGCCAUGGCUGAGGACAACAGCAGUCUACGUCAGUCGCUCCAGGGAGAGAUCGAGCAGAACCGCUACUUCUCCAAACCGACCUUCAGCGACUCAGACGAGGACAAGGAGCGAGGAAGGAAGCUGCAGCAAGACAUGAUGCCCAGCUUUGGCGACCUCUCCCAGCUGGGCGAGGCCGACUUCCUCCAGCAGGGCUCGCCCAUCUUCUUCGGCAACGACAUGGGCAUCCCUGGCAUCCCGUCGUCAUCGGCAGCAGGCGCCGCCCAGCGGCGGGCUUGCCGGCGGGCUCACAACGACGACGGGGCCGACGAUGCGACCAAGGGCGGUCAGGGCAGCAAGGAGCGGCAGUCGCGGCGGAACAAGGGUGUCACCACCACCCAGGAUCGUUUCGAGAAGGUGCAGAGGCUGGUGGCGAGCUUAGGGCAGCGCCAGGACCAGCAGAGGAAGAGGAUGCACGAGGAGAGGAAGAGGAUGCACACUUUCAGCCAAAUUGAGAAGCUCGAGGCCAUGGUGCGGGCCACGCGCGAGAACUGCGCCCACGACCAACUGGCGCCAGAGGACCAGCGCCAGCCGGUGCAGCUUCUCGAGGACCACCAGCUUCUUUUUGAGCUGCCCACCCCGGGCUACCCCCACCCGUUUCUCAUGGACGGCCUGCUCUUCCGCCAUGCCGUCCAGGCGUGUGUGGUCCACGGUGCGGCCGGGUCGCUUGAGGUUUUGCCGCGCGAGACACUCAUCAAGCCGAGCAAGAAGGACUGCGACGAGCGCCUGGGUGCGGGUGAGGUGCAGGAGGAGGAUGGGAAGAAGAUCAAGUGGAGCGAUAUGGUGCUGGACGCUCUUGACUCGUCUUGCAUGUACCGGGACGAAGCUCUCAACGUGGUCACCGAAGGUGCGCGGACACACACACACACACACACAAACACACACAUGCUGUUGAUGGGUUCAUUCGUGUAACCUGUGUCUAUCUCGAUGAAUGGAGCAAGCAGAUUACCUGCCGUCGCCCCUGCUGGUGCAGGCGGCCAUGGCCAAUGCACCCAUGCAGACCGUGCAGGUACGUCAGAGAGAGCACUCCGCCGGCAUUGGGAGGGAGUGUGGGUGUGCAUGGUGGCCUGCCCCCCUGACUCAUGUGUAGACUCUUGUCGCCUACAGCGCCGACGUCAAUGACAAGGGCCAUGUGCACCACUUCACACGCGGCGCAUACAAAGCCAGCCUCAAGACAUCAUCACUCGGUACGUGAGACCUCACUAUGUGACCAAUCAUAUCAUGGCCACCUCUGUCUUUUCUUUUGUGGGUGCCUAUGUGCGUGUGCAGGUGCGGCGGCCCUGUGGCAUCGGCCUCAGAUGCUCUCCUUCCUCCUGGCCAACACAGCCGCCGACAUGUCGGUGCUCUCUGAGGUAGAGGUCAGGCCCCCACAAACGGCAAACGCCAAAAGUAACCGCCACCUGCGUGCCUGCAUGCCUAAAACACCAACAGACCAACAGACAGACAGACAGACAGACCCAUUCACUUUCAGCCUCUUCUCUUUGCCGUCGUCCCUCAGGCACAUUCCGUUGGGCUGAGGGUCUGAAUCUGCUGCAGCUGGUGUGCAUCGGCCCGCCCCCGCCCAAGACCGCCCCGAAGAGCACAUCGAUUGUGCCGAAGGAGUCCAGGCCGCCCGCCACACCCAAAGAGGCAGAUGGUCAGACACAGGCAACCACAGACAGCAGCCUCUCAUUGGUGCAUUGCCCGUGCCAUGCAUGCAGAGUCUGCCAACGUGCUCAGUGCGGCAGCCAAGCUGAAGGCCAAGAAGGCUGUGGCCAAGAGCAAGGCGGAGGAGGGUGCAUCAUCACAGGCCAAGGAACAGGAGAAGGAGGAUCGCCGCCGAGAGGCCAUCUUGGAGCAGGUCCGCAUCAGACGGGAACAGCAGGAGGAGGACAGACAGCGCACCGCCCUCGCGACGCUGGAGGCCCUCGCCGCCCACGGCCUGAUCGGAGGCCAUCAGCAGAGCAUCCUCUCCCUGCAGCGGCGGGAUAAGGAGGGCAACACGGCUCUGCACCUGGCGGCCCGGCACGGCUGGUCGAGCCUGGUUGACUGGCUGCUCAAGCGGGGCGUUGCAGUAGAUGCCGUCAACAUGGCCAACGAGACGGCGCUCGACCUCGCUCGCAAGAACAAGCGAUCGGUGAGGCACGCCAGACAGCAGGCGGGCAACAGGGCCUCCCAAGUGUGUGAUGGCGUCUUGUGUGCUGUGGAGUGCAGGCGUGUGAGGCGGUCUUGACAGAGCACCUGUCUGCCCAUCACCAGCAGGAGGCGGUCUACGAGCUGCUGGCGGAGGAGACACUCAGACGCGAGCGCGACGAGAAAAAACGCGAGAAGAACCGGGAGAAGGUACGCAGACACACCCAGACACAGACACACAGGCCCCCCACAGACACGCCAGACAGGCGACAAACAAAGAUCCUCUGCUCUUUUCCUUUCUUUGUGUGGUGUAGAGGAAGCGUCAGAAGUGCAAGAAGCGCGACACAGCCGUAGGAGCUGAAGGAGCCGAAGGCGACCAAGAGGAGCCGCAGGCGGCCCCAGUGGAGGAGGAGCUCGACGACCAUGAACAGCGCCUAGUUUCCCGAACGAAUGUCCCGCACCCAAACACGAUUGCACGAACACGGCUUGCGCCCCUCUCCCUCUCUCUCUCACACACAAGGAAGGCCUCGACCGUCCAGUCGAGCUCGUAAGCGACGACGACAGAGCAAGGCAUCCGUGCAGAGGACCUGGUGGUCUGUUCUCUUACAGGUGUGAUGUCGAGGACGGGCCAAUGUCGAGUUCGCCUCAACCUGGCGGAGACCUGCCGACCACGUGAGCAUCAAAGCAUCGCCAGGUGCUCGCAAUAUGGAGCGUGCCUUCGUCCAUUGCAGGCUCGACGAAGACAUGAGUGGCGUGCCGUCCUCCUCGUCGAGUGUCCCGCCGCCGCAUGCACACAGGUAAACGAGUCAGCCCAGAUCUCUCUCCAUCGAAACGAAUGAAUCAGCGCCCCGCCCGAUGUGUGUGUGCAGAGGUGCUGGCGACACUGAUGAGGACCGUGACGAACAGGAGGCAAUAGCUGCGUCGCUGGAGGCUGCCGCUGAGCAGUGGGAGGCCAUCAAGACGCACGUGACCACUGCCCACAAGCAGAUACAGGGGUGAGUACGAGACAGACGCUCAUCGGAUGCGCGACGAUGCAUUUUCAUCUGUGUCUGGCGUGGCGUGGCGUUGUGUAUGCGACAGGUUGCGGGAGAGGUUACAGGCCGAGGCGGACAUGACUGCGGCCACAGAAGCCCAGGAGCAGCGCUUGAUUGAGGAGAACAACGAGCUCGAGGCAGCCAACCCCGUGUACGUUGCUGCAGGCGUCACCCACCAAUGCGUCCAUCCAUCCAUCCAUUGCCUGCCUUCCAUGUGUCGGUUCUGUUCUGUUGCAGUCUGACGGCGGACCAGCUCGACCUCAAGGCCUCUGCUGGUGAUGUCAGGCACUUCCAGAGGGUCGUCGACGGCCGCUUCUACGAGCUGCAAUCGCUGAUGGGCGAGUGCCUCCAGCGAGCUGUGGACCUCACCAACAGCCCUCCUGACACAUCAUCGGACGAGCCGGCUCCCGACAAACAGGACAGCAGCCCGAACAUGCCCCCCGAGGCCCCCUGUGCGACCAGUCCCCCAUCGGCGACGGCUGGCGAGUCCAUUGGGUGGCUGGAAGAGUUGGAGAGCAGCCACCUGGACAUCCCCGAGAAGUGUGUGAGGGCAUCGAAGCGGCUGGAGGACAUUGAGCAGGACAUCGGCAAGUGAGAAGCGCAGAUUGAAGAGGACUCACCGAUUGCAUUACAGAUCGGUUGCCAUCCCUUCCUGCAGGUUGGUGUGUGAGGUCGUCGACGCCACCACCCGCCGUGAGGCAUCCGACGCCCAUCUGCAGGGCCUCACCGAGCAGAAUUACGAGCUCAAACGACGCGACAAGGAGCGGUGAGAAAGGCGCACACACAGUCUCAUGUUCACUUCUAUCUGUCUGUCUGUCUGCCUGCCUGCCAGAUUGACCGAGGAGAAGCUCCAGUCGCUCACGUCUGUCCAGGCCGUGAAGUGCUUCCAUCAGGCGGCCUCUCAAGAAAGCCAGCGACUGAAGGAGCUGCUGGGUCGGUGCAGCGACCACCUGCUCAAUCUGGCGAGUGCGUCCUUCCAGCGUGAUGUCGAGCGGCGCGUCGAGGAGGUCAGGGUGGCGCGCGACAGAGAGGCGGUCGAGCAGCUGAAACGUCAGGAGGCUGCGACGGCCAAGAUGGUCAGCGAGAUGCAGCAGCAGCUCGAGGAGGAGAGGGGCAAGCCCAAGCAGGACAUCACCUCGUGUGUGGUGUGCCAUGAAGCGCCCAAUGACGUGGUUAUGAUGCCCUGCCGACACAAAUGCAUUUGUACAGGUGGGCAGAUGGGCAGGCAAGGGACACCUUGGGGCGUACAUAUGUGUGGUGUGUGCCCAUUUGUGCAGGUUGUUUCGAUCGCCUCAAGAGGCAGCACCCGGGGCGCAAGGUGCCGUGCCCCAUAUGUCGCAAAGAGCGCCUCAAGCAAUACUCAGGGCCCGUGUUUGAGCAGGGGCACCACGACUGACCGAGUGGUAGAGCUAGCAGGGGCGCGACUAGUACCCGGACAGGUGACCAGCUUGUCGGCCACCCCGUUGUGUGUAGUGAUGGGUGACAUUAGUAUGUACAUAUAUACCUAUAUAUGUGUGUGAUGGGUUGGCGAUGUCCAUAUGCGACAUACAUGGCCGGUUGGCUGGCUGGCUGGCUGGCAUGUGUAGUGUUGUGCUGAUUUAUCGACACAGAUGGAUGGAUGGAUGGAUGGACGAAUGUGUGUGUGGCCACCUCAGAUGCGGUGUGGUGCUUGUCGUUCGCCCGCUUUCUUCUGACACAUAGCUAUAGCCCAGCGGUGAUGGGCGUCUGAAAGCGAUCGAGGGAAUGGCAGACACGACUAGGUCAUCGAAAGACAAGGAGGGAAAGUCAUGUAGUUAUGGUUUUUAGCCACACCUGGAUGGCACUGAGUGGUCAGAAAUGUGGAGACGAGCACUGGCAAGACUUUGACUGAAAAAUCGGAUUCAUUU